AUGUCGUCGAAGCAUUCCAAGACCGGAUCCGGGAACAAUGGCAAUGGAUUAACGGUCACCGCCAGCGCAACAGUGGCAACGUCUGCGCAGACUGCGGCCGUACUUUCGACGGACAAUGCGGUAGGCACCGCUUCCCAGGUAAACGUAGAUAAGCGAAUCUCUGGUCACCAUGAAACGGGAACCAUUCCGAAGGGCUCCAGUAAUAAACCCGGUAGUACCACUAGCUUUCCGCGUCGUAAUCCGCCACGUAAUGCGCGUCCGAAUCGUCAGUCAAGUUGUCAGUUGUGUGAUGGGCUAGAUACCAUGAACAUGAUUCAGUGUGAUGCGUGCAGAGGAUGGUUCCAUUGUGAGUGUGCGAAGGUAACGGACGAAACCGAAGAUCACAGUUGGAGCUGUGCCAAAUGCGCUGCUCUUCUCCGUCGUUCGUUGGCUCCCUCCGGUGGUGGUCGAAACUCGGAGGCUCAGAUGCAACAAGUUCUAAAUCCGUCGCAGCGAUCCAGGAGCAGUGGGAAAAGCAUGCAGAGUGAGGCAAGAAGGAGGCUGAAGCUGCAGUUGAUGAAAAUCGAAGAGGAGAAAGUGGUGAGUGACAGUGAAUCGAUUCUCGACAAUGCUUCGAAGAUCGAACAGUGGAUGGCUGAUACAGAUUGUUUUGGUGCCGACGUGGAUUCCGGUGUAGUGGAUGAGGUAGAUGGGCCCGUGGCGAUUAACUCGCGGAGGCCUGCGGAGCAUUCUGCUCGAAACCUCAGACCGAACGUUGAGCAUCCAGUUCAUCAACUAGGUCAGCAACCAUCACCUACCGGGCGAGAUUUCCAGAUCGCAAAUUCUCCUAUCGUCGGCAGUCAUCCAGCGCAACAUGCACAACUUUCACACACGAGGACGGAAACAUUAAUGCAGCCGAAUCGCUUCAUCCCAGGGCAACGAUCAACUCCAAUGGGUGGUGAACAUCAGCGUCCGACAGUUCAACCUGUGCAGACCGUCGAUGACGAGACGAUCUGCAUACUUAACCGCAGUCAGCUGGCUGCGCGACAAGCAGUCCCUAAGGAUCUCCCAGAGUUUGGUGGAAACCCGGAAGACUGGCCGCUUUUCUUUUCGGUUUUCAACAGUUCCACUCAAAUGUGUGGAUUUUCAAACGAAGAAAAUAUGUUGCGUCUCCGGAAGUGCCUUACAGGAAGGGCGUUAGAAGCAGUCAGAUGCCGACUUCUCCAUCCGUCUAACGUCGCGGGAGUGAUGUCAACACUGAAGAUGUUGUACGGAAGGCCGGAAGCAAUCGUUCAAGCAAUUGUAAAGAAGGUCAGAACUCUACCAUCGCCGAACAUCGACCGGCUAGAGACGGUAGUCAAUUUCGCGCUCACUGUUGAGAACCUGGUCGCAACGAUCCAAGCUUGCGGAGUGAAUGACUUUGUUUACAACGCUUCGCUACGUUACGAGCUUGUAGAAAAACUACCAUCGUCUUUGAAGCUUGACUGGGCCAAAUACUCGAGAAACACACCGAUUCCCAAUCUACACGAUUUCAGUACUUGGUUGUAUUCAACAGCAGAGGAUGCCAGCGCAGUGAUGCCGUCGGUUAGCAGUGAUUCUAAGCCUCGUUCCAACAAAAAAGAUGGUUUUUUGAACGUGCACGCAGAAGGCGAUUCUGAUAGCAAUCACGUGGUGUCAUCGAAGGUGAAACAGUAUACUUCCGACGAAAUAGAAAAAGAAUGUCCAAUUUGUAAAGGCGGUUGCCCGAAUAUCGCAAAGUGUAAACGGUUUGCCGAAUUCAGCUGCGACUCAAAAUGGGCCGCUGUUCGCGAAUGCAAACUGUGUCGAAAGUGCCUGCGAAGGCACAACGGUUCGUGCCGACAACAAAAGGCGUGCGGAACAAACGGCUGCACUUAUCUACAUCACCCGCUUCUCCAUACCGUCGAUAGACAUCAAUCCAACGGAACGGCGACUGACGCAAUCGUGCCUGCAGAGACAACACAACAGAGCUGUAAUAUUCACCAAAGCCAGUCAAAACUUCUUUUCCGAAUUCUUCCAGUCCUUCUCUAUGGGCCUUCAAAAACCGUGCGAACGUACGCGUUCAUCGACGAUGGGUCCGAACUCUCCAUAAUGGAACAGAGUCUGGCCGACGAGCUCGGCGUAGAAGGGCCAAAGACAUCGCUGUGCCUUAAGUGGACUGGAGGUUCUCAACGCCUGGAGAAUUCUUCUCAGAGAGUCAGUUUGCAGAUAUCCAGCAGUAACGAUCAAUCGAGGAAGUAUCAGCUGUCGUCAGUACAAACCGUCAAAAGCCUUCAGAUUCGACCUCAGACGCUAUUGUACGGUGAUAUCCAGGAAACGUUCCGGCACCUCGCAGGACUACCGAUUGAGUCGUAUGAGAAUGCGUGCCCUCGAAUUCUCAUAGGCCUGGAUAAUCUCAAUCUUGGUCACCCGCUGAAGAGUCGAGAAGGCCGGCCGCAAGAGCCUAUAGCCACCAAAACACGACUUGGUUGGACUAUCUACGGAAGCUGCAUUUCUGAGGGUACAACAACGAAUUCCGUCAACUAUCACUCUCUUCAGGUGUGCGAGUGCAACCAAUACUCGGACGAAGACCUGCACCAAACCGUAAAAAACUAUUUUUUGCUCGAUAGUAUCGGCAUUGUGAAACCAGAUAAGCCGUUGCAAUCGCAAAACGACCAACGGGCACAGAUACUCUUGGAAUCGCUCACCAAACAACGAGAUGGGCGGUACGAAUCAGGACUACUCUGGAAGUACGAUACCGUUCGACUUCCAGACAGCAAACCAAUGGCACUGAAGAGAUGGGAAUGUCUGGAUCGGAGGAUGAAGAACGACCCGCAGUUAGCGAACGUAGUCAGAGCGAAGAUCGAAGAUCAUGUAUCGAAGGGAUAUAUCCGAAAGCUGUCCAACGAAGAGGUUAAAACAGGAUACCCCCGCGUGUGGUAUCUCCCAAUAUUUCCGGUAGUGAACCCAAACAAACCCGGAAAGACUAGGCUCGUUUGGCAUGCAGCUGCAACUGUCCACGGAGUAUCUCUGAACACCGUCUUGCUGAAGGGCCCAGACCUGUUGACUUCGCUACUGUCAGUACUAAUGCAAUUCAGAGAGUACAAAAUCGCCGUGUGUGGUGACAUCCGCGAAAUGUACCACCAGAUCCUGAUGCGGAAUGAUGACCAGCACUGCCAGCGCUUCUUCUGGAAGGAAAAUAUAACCGACGUCGAGCCUAGUACGUACAUCGUUCAAGUGAUGACCUUCGGAGCCUGUUGCUCACCAAGUACGGCGCAGUAUGUCAAGAACGUGCACGCAAGCAAGUUUCAGCAAGAACAUCCGGCUGCCGUUGAGGCUAUUGUGAAGCGACACUACGUCGACGAUAUGCUUCUAAGCGUGGAGCAGGAGGAAGAAGCAGUUCAGUUGACACGAGACGUGAGGGAAAUCCAUGCUUCGGCAGGCUUCGAAAUCCGCAAUUGGGCAUCCAACUCUUCUACAGUAUUGGCGGAAUUAGAAGAACCUUCUACAGCUGAGAAAAGUUUCGGCGAGGAUGGCUGUGUUGAGAAAAUUCUCGGCAUGUGGUGGAACACGUCUACAGAUUGCUUUACGUUCAAGAUUUCAAACCGCAUAGACGAAGUUUUGCUGUCAGGAGGCCGCCGUCCUACAAAACGGGAAGUCCUGCGAACUUUGAUGAUGGUUUUCGACCCACUAGGCUUCAUUGGCCAUUUCCUAAUGGUGCUGAAAACGCUUCUUCAGGAAAUAUGGCGGUCUUCAAUCGGCUGGGACGACGUGAUCAACGAUCAACACUUCGAAAAGUGGUUAACCUGGUGCGCAGCUUUGCCUGAAAUAGCAGAACUUCAAAUUCCUCGUUGCUACCGUUCCCUAACAUCUACAUCUGAAGACAACGAAGUUCAGUUGCAUACGUUUGUAGACGCGAGCGAAGCCGGCUUCGCAGCGGUGGCGUACUUGAGAUUUCAAGAGGGAUCAAUCGUUGAGUGUGCGCUAUUGGGGUCCAAGACAAGAGUUUCACCACUGAAGUUUUUGUCAAUCCCACGAUCCGAACUUCAGGCUGCCGUUAUUGGAGUUCGCUUGGCACAAACCGUCUGCAGCACACUAUCGUUCGCUGUAAAACAUAGAUUCUUCUGGACGGACUCUAAGGACGUGCUUUGCUGGCUAAAUUCUGAUCACCGUCGUUACAGUCAGUUCGUUGCCUUUCGAGUUAGCGAGGUUUUAGAAGUUUCGGAUACACGCGAGUGGAAUUGGAUUCCAACCAAGCAAAACGUGGCAGAUGAGGGAACAAAGUGGCGUCAUAAUUCGGAUUUGUCUUCAUCGAGCCGCUGGUUCCGAGGUCCGGAGUUCUUAUGGAAAUCAGCUGAGCAUUGGCCCUCCUCAAAGCAUCACUUUGGAAGCACAACGGAAGAGCUACGUCCACAUCUGCUGCAGCAUACGAAAGUCGAUGAAUGUGCAGUUGACAUUAGUCGAUUCUCUGAUUGGAAAAAAAUGCUUCGUUGCACUGCCUAUGUACUCCGCUACGUUCGAAACUUGAGGCUUACCGUUCAACAAGCAGAUCGCAACAGCGGACCGUUGAAUAGCCAAGAGCUGAGAGAUGCAGAAUACUAUCUUUACCGCGUGGCACAGCUAGCUGCCUUUGCCGAUGAAAUUACAAUCCUUUCGAAGAACAGGAACUCGAAAAAUCCGGACAAGCAUUUGCCAAGAAGUAGCCCUCUUUUUCGUCAAUGCGUCUUUCUGGAUGAAGUUAAGGUUAUUAGGAUCCAAGGAAGAACGCAAGCCUGUUCGGUCAUCGCCCGAGAUGCAGUUCAACCAAUUUUUCUUCCUCGCGACCACUCAAUCACCAAGUUAAUCCUCCUCGACUUCCACAAGCGGUUCAACCAUCAGAACCACCAAACAACUAUCAAUGAAGUACGUCAGCGCUACCGGAUUCCAAGACUGAAGGCAGUGUACAAAACCGUACGAAAGGAAUGCCAAGAAUGCAAAAAUUACCACGCAACUCCACAACCUCCUUUCAUGAGUGACUUGCCACUGCAACGUCUAGCCGCCUUUACACGACCAUUUACCUUCAUGGGAGUGGACUACUUCGGUCCCAUGAUCGUUACUGUUGGACGCCGUUCCGAAAAGCGGUGGGGAGUCCUGGCAACUUGCCUUACGAUACGCGCAAUCCACUUAGAACUAGCCCACACACUGACAACUGAUUCUUGUAUAUUGGCGUUACGCAACAUUAUGGCUAGAAAAGGGGCUCCCGCUAUUAUCUUUAGCGAUCGCGGCACCAAUUUCCAGGGUGCAAGCAAAGAGCUGAAGGAAAUUUUGCAGAAUGUCGACCAGGAACAACUGAUGAGCGAGUUCACCACACCAAGCACUGAGUGGAGCUUCAUACCACCAGCGUCUCCACACAUGGGCGGGGCUUGGGAGCGCCUGAUCCGGAACGUAAAGUCGAAUUUGUCCAGACUACAAUGGAGAAGGCUGCCCACAGACGAGGUACUGAACAGCACUCUAAUCGAAAUCGAGAACGUAAUCAAUUCAAGACCACUGACCGAGAUCCCAUUAGAAAACGACGAAUCACCAGUGCUGACACCCAACCAUUUUCUCUUGGGAACGUCGAACGGACUGAAACCAUGGGUGCCAUACAGUGACAGUCCGUCAAUGCUUCGCAACAGCUUCAAACAGUCGCAGAUUAUGGCUAACGAAUUCUGGAGGAUGUGGUUGAGAGACUACUUGCCCGUGAUCACACGCCGCUCCAAGUGGUUCACCAAGGUAGAACCAAUUCAAGUCAACGAUGUCGUAGUCAUUGUAGACCCGAAAGCUCCUCGUAACAGCUGGCCACUAGGACGGGUAAUCGCGACCAGACCAAGUUCGGACGGCCAAAUAUUCGCAUUGUGUUGUCCGGGCGGGUACGCCGGAACGAACUACAAACCGAUCUGGAAAGAGGAGCGAACGGAACGAGACGGGAAUUGCCUCCGGGAGGAAUCCUUCUCCACCCACUCCGAAGCCGAACGUCGACGACACGGUGACUACCACUGCUGCAGCAGCCCAUGCUCAUUUGGUGGCAUCACGCGGGGUCCACCACCGCCGGAGGGUCCACAGAUUUUGCUGGCAGGCAGCGGCGGCGCUGCUGGCGCCUUUGGGCUAGCCCCGGAUUCGCGUGAGAUCGAACCGGCCGGCCGGCCGCACUGUGCGCGCCGGGCAUCGAUCGAUCUGCGCGCAGGGCUGUCGAGUGCCGGCAGCGUUGUGGGUGACUUACUGGGAUGCGACUGCCCUGCGCAUAGUGGACGGAUUUGCGUCCGCGUGUUGCCAUUAUCUGGAUGA